AUGUCGCUAGCAGUGUCAUUACAUGACGCGGUACUCCAGGAGCGAGCGGGUGAGCGGGCGCGGCCGCCGCGAGCGAUGUGGCGCGCGGCGCUGGCGCUGGCAGCGCUGGUGGCGCUGGGGGCGCGCGGCGCGGCGGGUGGCUGCGGCGUGGCGGAGUUCGCGUGCCGUAGCGGCGCCUGCGUGCGCCUGGACGCGUACUGCGACGGUGAGGCGCACUGCGCGGACGGCAGCGACGAGCCAGCGCACUGCUCCGUGUGCAACCGCACGUACUACGGCCGCGUAGGUGUGGCGUACGCGGUGGCGGUGCGCUCGGCACCGCGCGCGCCCUUCCUGUGCCACCUAACGUUCACGGCGGGCGGGGGCGCGCACGGUGACCUGGUACAGCUGGCCUUUGACGAGUUCCGCGUGGGGCGCUACGAGCCGGGCGCGAUGGACGGCUGCCCCGACGGGUACAUGCAGCUGUCGGAGCUCGGCCGCCCGUUCACCGGCGGGUCGUGGUGCGGCGAGGCGGAUGGCGCCGCGCUCUACUACAGUGAGACAGCGACGGUCACCGUAUCGGUGAAACUGUUUCGCGCACGUCUCGGGGAAAAUUUUGGCUUCCGGUUGCGUUACAAAUUCUUGGCUCAACGCGAUGCUGUCGUCAGGUUCGGCGCGAUGGAGGCUCCGCUGGAGCGCGGCGCCGUGUCGCCCGGCACGUACUGCACGCGCACGUACGAGGAGUGCCACCGCAAGCCGUGCCGUCUGCAGAGCCCCAACUACCCCGGCAUGUACCCCAGAAACGUCACGUGCUACUGGAGUCUUCGCCAAAAAGACAUUCCGACGUGUAAACAUGCGAUGAUCUCUGUGCGACAAGAACAUUCUCACAAGAUGCAGAUUAAGCGCUCGAUAUCGAUGGCGAGCCUCAACAAGACGGGACGCGUGGUGCGCGCGUGGCGCGAGUGCACGGGCGAGCGCGACCGCCUCAUCUUCUACGACGGCGCGUCUACGGACGACCCCGUGCUGGUGGAGUACUGCGGCGGCGACUGGCUGCCGCGCGUGACGUCACGCGGGCCCGAGAUGCUGGUGGCCUUCCACUCCUCGCCCUUCAGCGCGCCGCUGCGGCCGCCCGCACCCGCAGCGCCCCUGCGCGGCUUCGAGCUCGAUGUUGACGUCGUCUUCGCCGACUCCGACUCGCUCGACUACGCUAGAGAGGCACGACGUUGCGAGUUUCACGUCAAAGCUUCAUCGUCCGAGGAGGAAACGAACACUACCAUUGCGGGCAGCGGUCGCGGCCGCCGGGGCAAACUGCGGGCACCCGCGCACACGCUGCCCCCCAACACCACCUGCACCUGGACGUUCCACGGCCGCCCAGGAGAUCUAGUUUGGAUUUACUUCUCGAGCUUCACGCAAUACUCACUGGUCGAGCCACGCCGCAUCGAGAGUGCGGAGCGGGAGGAGGAGGGGGGCGUGGGCGCCACCCGGCCACGCUCUGGGCGCGCGCGACCUGCGGCCGGCGCCUGCGCGGUGGAGCUGCGGAUCUGGGACGGCGGCGGGGCGGACGAAGCAGGGACGCGCGCGCUGGGCCGCUACUGCGACGCGGCGCCGGCGCUGUGCGCGCGCGCUGCGCUGGCCAAUGCGACGCGCGCGCCGCGGCCGUGCGCGCCACCCGACGGGUACGUGUCGGCCGCGCCGCUCCUGUCACUGGCGGCCACCUCGCGCCCCGGCACCGCCACGCAUCCGCUCGAGUUCGCUUUACAUUACGAAUUUGUGGACGCGCGGCUCGAAGGAGCUCCUCUGCCCGAUGAUGGCCGACGUCCGCGAGCGUUGCCGAACGAUUGCGCUCGUUGGCUGACGACGCCAGGAGCGUUCGCGUCGCCGCGGAACGCUCUUUGGUUCGGGCGCGGGGGCGCGCGGCGGCUCCGCUGCGUGUACCGGCUGGAGGCGGCGGACGCGCGCGUGGCGCUGGAGUUGGUGUCGGCGUCGUUCGGUCGGGAGCCGCGCUGUGUGACGCGCUCGGACGCGCUCACCGGGCGCCUCGUGUGCGCGCCGGACCCACUGGACGCGCGCCCCGAGGAUGCUGACGUCAUCGACGAGGGUCUAGUCGACUUCGACGGUGAUGAUGAUACCCCAUUGCGAGUGCCUCAUUUAAAGAUAUAUGAAUCUCCGUGGCCCGGAUACAGGGUGCCGGUGGCGUGCAUCUGCGACAACAGCAGCGCGCCGCUGCGGCUGCAGUCCGGCGGCGGCGCGCUGGAGCUGGAGCUGGUCGCGCGCGCGCUCGCGCCCGCCGAGGACCACCGCCACCUGCACUUCCGCGGCACCUGGGCGCGCGCCCCCGCGCCCGCGCCCCCGCCCGCCUGCGCCGCGCGCCGCCGUCUGCCGCCGCCGGGGGCGCGCGUGCACCUGCUUUACCCGUACAGUGGAAAUAGAAUAUCAGAGUGCGGUGAGACACCGUUCCUUCUGGAGGCGAGAGGGAACCGGUCCGUGUUCCUGCGCGUGUGGGGCGAGGAGCUGCCACUGAGCGGGGGCGCGGGGGGCGCAGGCGAGCCGCCGCCCUGCGCCACCGCCAACCGAGUGCUGGUGUACGAGGCGCACUCGGCGCGCCUGGUGCGCGUCGUGUGCCCGGCGGCCGGGGGGCGCGCGCUGCAGCUGUUCUCGGCCGAGUGGUGGGGGCGCGGCGCGCGGCCCGGCGCGCUGCUCGUGGUGUGGGCGGCGCGCGAGCCCGGCGCCGCGCGCUUCUCGUGGAUGGAGGUGUGGCGCGCCGGCCCGGCGCCGCGCCCGCUGGCGCCCGGCGAGGCGUGGCCCAACGCCAGCGCCGCCUGCGCGCACCCGUGCGCCGCGCUGGGCGCCUGCAUGGCGCCGGCGCUAUGGUGCGACGGCGAGAGCGACUGCCCGGGCGGUGGGGACGAGGCGGGCGCGUGCGGCGCGGGGGCCCGCCUGCUGGCUGCGCUGGCGGCGCCGGCGGCGGCGGGCGCAGCGGCGGCGGCUGCGUGCGGCGCGGCGGCGCUGGCGCUGCUGGUGGCGGCGCUGCUGCGGCGGCGGCGGCGCGCGGGCGCCGACAAGCAGUUGCUGGGGGCGCUGGCGGCGGGGCGCCGGCUGACGGAGGAGCUGUUGUUCGACGCGUCGCGCGCGUCGUCGGCGGCGUCGUCCUGA